UCCCCCGCACCCCCCAUCCCCAUCCCCAUCCCGGGAAGGGUCAAGUGGUCAACCCGCCACUUCCCGAUGCUGAUGAUGAGGCUAAAAACCAAUGCCCGACCCGGGAGGAGGCUUGUAAUUGUAAUAUUCGGAGUGCGAAGAUGGGCGCGGCACCACCACCAUCCAAAUCAUCUGUCCCUCUCUCCUUGCUCCUCCUGCUGAUUUGCGUCCAAAUCAUUGCAUCGCGCUCGGCGUCGGUCUGCCGCUCCCGCAGGGUUGUGUCCGUUGAUGAUUUUGGAGCUGUCGGGGAUGGCACCACCGACGACACCAAGGCUUUCGUAGAUGCUUGGAACGCCACUUGUUCUUCACCGAUUAGCACAGUCCUUGAAAUUCCAGCAGGAAAAGUAUUUUUCGUUGGGCCUACAUAUUUUGCUGGCCCCUGCAAAGCAAAGCUGAAACUUUCAAUACUGGGAACUAUCGUUGCUCCGUCAGAUCCGGACACCUGGGGUAAACUAGACACUCAUAAAUGGCUUUAUUUCCAUAGGGUAAGCCGGCUGGUAAUGAGAGGCGGAGGGACAAUCGAUGGCAACGGGCAUGAGUGGUGGGCACGCUCCUGCAAGAGAAACAAAACAAACCCUUGCCGACCUGCUCCUAAGGCAAUUACAUUUCAUCGCUGCAAACAUCUGACCGUCAAGGAAUUGACUCUUAUUAACAGCCAGCAGAUGCAUAUGGCAUUCUCCAUGUGUUCUCACGUUCGAGCAUCUCAUCUUAAAGUUAUUGCUCCUGCCGAAAGCCCGAACACUGAUGGGAUCCACGUUAGUGAAUCAGUCUCUGUUGUCGUCAAGGAUAGUACCAUUGGAACAGGAGAUGACUGUAUCUCCAUAGUCGGUAAUUCUUCAAGUGUUUGGAUAAGGGGCAUUCUGUGUGGACCUGGUCAUGGUAUAAGUAUCGGAAGCUUGGGCAAGUCAAAAUCACAUGAUGAAGUGCAUAAUAUCCAAGUAGAUAGAUGUCUAAUUAAAAACACCGAAAAUGGCGUGAGGAUCAAAACAUGGCAGGGGGGCAGUGGUUCCGCUCGAAAGAUCCUUUUUCGAAACAUCCUGAUGAAGAACGUCUCAAACCCGAUUAUCAUUGAUCAGUAUUACUGCGACUCACCUAGUCCUUGUCAAAACCAGGUAUUCAUAACUGAAAUGCAGACAAUGGCUGUUAAGGUGGCUGAAGUCUCUUUCAUUGGCAUUAAAGGAACAUCAGCUACCAAGGAUGCAAUAAGGUUCGUUUGCAGCGACAGUCUUCCUUGCGACAAACUAUAUCUGAAAGACAUCCAUUUGUCCUUAGAGUCUGGAGGGGAAGCCGCUGCUUACUGUUGGAAGGCAUUAGGAUCUAGUUCUGGUUUUGUUCAGCCACCUUCUUGCCUUACGAGUGCUGAUCACCACCUCAUCAAACAGUAUAUCAAUUGUGGUUCAAAAAAUUCCACGACAGGAUAUAUCUGAGGAUAUUUGGGCUUGUGGCUUUCAACUUUGUAGCUGUUUUUUCUAGUUUUGCUUGUUUUACUAAUGUACAGUAUUAGUAUAUAAAUCGAUUGUUUGCACUUUUUCCUUGUUUCUGUCA